GCAGCAACCUUGGCGGCGACCUAUCCACUGGUGUCGACGGAGACCCGGAGGACGACGAGGACACUCCGGAUGCUCAUCUUGCUAUAGGAGUAGAAGCGCCCUCGGAGCCAGUGGCGUGGGUCAUGAUCUCAAAGCUGGCAAACCUGGAGUUCCACCUGCUGGAGAAGGAGCAGCGGAGCAUUGAGCGUCUUGCCUUGCAAGGUUACCCCGUGGACGAGAUUGCUGAUGCCUUGACGUCGGGCUACUCCGCGGACGAGCUCGCAACUCAGGGCUACACUGUGGGGGAUGAGGUAGCGGACACUGCGCACUGCAUACGG